AAAAAGCUGGGAGAGGGCUCGUACGGCAAGGUGAUGCUGGCGGUGCAUCAGAAGAGAGGAACCCCAAUGGCUCUGAAGUUCUUCCCCCGUCGCUCCACCACUCUCCAAGCUUUCCUGCGUGAAUAUAAUCUCUCCGUCUCCUAUUGCAUGCACCCUUCUCUAACGCGGGCUCUAGGCAUCUUCUACUCCACACCUUCUCACUAUGUCUUUGCGCAGGAGGCUGGUCUCUAUGGUGACCUGUAUGAUGUCAUCGUGUCAGAGGUCAGUAGGCUUGAUUGAUUUUGAUUUCACAAAAAUGUUAAGUUGUUUAGAAGAGAUUUAGAUGUGACUCCUCCUCAUUACAGGGCCUGGGACAAUGGUCCUGGUUUUCCUUCGCUGACGAAAUUAUGAUGAGUGGAGAAUUUUUUUGUAGUGACGACUUUCCAGGGAACAACGUAUCUUUGAUUAUUCAGGCACGUACAUGUUGUCUGAUAUCCUCCUGUGUUCUCACUCUCCUGCCAAAAACAACUGCUCCUAUCAUCAGCCUUGAUAUACAUUAAUGCUGUUUAAUGGUAGUACUCAAUGCACUGCUGAAGAGCAGAUUAAAUACAGAACACACAGACUUUCCGUCAUCUCAUCGCUCUUUCUAU